CUCUGAUAUUGGAGAAAAAGUCCGAAGCCUUGUAACAUCCCUACCCUUCCAUUCCCAUCCCCUAACCUUCUUUCAUCCCCUCCCCGCCGGAGACGCAGUUGAUAUCUCAAACUCCCCUCCUUCUUUUUCUGUCUCUCCUCCUUUUCUCUCUCACAAAAAGCCAUGAGCUCCUCAAACUCCACCAUUACAACACGCACUGGCAACAGCACCACCCAGGCCUGUGCUGCCUGCAAAUACCAACGCCGCAAAUGCGCUCCCGAUUGCAUUCUCGCCCCCUAUUUCCCCCAUGACCGCCAACGCCAGUUCCUCAACGCUCACAAGCUUUUCGGCGUAAGCAACAUCACCAAGAUCAUCAAGGUCCUUAAUCCUCACGAAAAGGACGAAGCUAUGAAAACCAUCAUCUUUCAAUCCGAUAUGCGAGCCAAGGACCCCGUUGGCGGUUGCUAUCGCAUGGUACAAGAUCUUCAGGCUCAGAUCGAGUUUCACCUGGCCGAGUUGGAGCUCGUGCUUCAACAAUUGGCUAUACUUAGAGCCCAGGCCCAACAUCAACAGGCCCAACAUCUUUAUAACCAAACCGCCACCAGUAAUAUUAAUGUCAGCGUCAACGGAGAUGACAGCAUCAAUUCAGAUCCGUUGACGCUGUACAGUUCUGGUGGCAGUGGCGGCCUUGUUGUUGGUGGUAAUGGGAUUAACCAUUACCAUUACCUUCAACAAAUGCCGCAUCAGGAUCAGUAUAUGAUGGUGCAAGAGGUGAAUGAUAGCAGUAGCAACAACGGUACCCCUUUGCAAGAACAUGCUAACAUGUGGUCCAUGCAAAAUUCGCUUUCGUCGUUGUCGUUGCAGGGGCAGAAUAGUAACUGUAGUGUUGGUGAUGAGUAUGAUCAUAAGCCAAUGCUUGAUAUGGCUUCCGAUGAUAGAAAUGAACUUGGAUUUGAGCCUCAAGAUUUAGUUCAGCGCAGUGAUGAAGCAGUUUUGUUUAAGAUAGAUGAUGCUGUAAUAAAAGCAGAAACUGAUUGCUUCCAACAAGUUCAAGACCAUGAUCUGAAAGGUGCAGCAACUUUGUUUACACUCACAAAUUGUACUAGCUGAGAUAUAUUAUAAUUAGAGAGCAAUAUAGAUUAUUAUUGUAGAAGAUACAUUUUUUUCU